AUGUUCCAGGGACCAGCGGAAACAGUUCCUGAGGCUGAAUACCUGCCACUUUCUGCAGCCCACCUGGGGAACAACCCCACAGAUGAGGACCCCAGCAUCCUGACCCAACCCUGGUAUGCGGAUCCCUGCGACCGCCAGACAGCCGAAAGCGUCUUGCUUCUCCAAAAGGAUGGGGCCUUCAUCGUGCGUCCCAGCUCGAACCCACGAGGGUCCCAGCCCUUCACUCUGGCCGUGCUGCUCCACAACCAUGUCUACAAUGUCCCCAUCCGGCGGCUGGACGGCGGGCGGCACUAUGCUCUUGGCCGGGAGGGGAAGAUCCGAGAGGAGCUCUUCUCCAGCGUGGCCGCCAUCGUCAAGCACUACUCGCAGAAGCCGCUUCCCCUUGUGAACAGGCAUACGGGCACCCGUCAGUUUACCUGUCUGCUCUUCCCCACAAAACCGUGACUUCUAUCCCUCCCCCGGCCUCAGCUUUACCGCAUGGCACUAGUUCUGCGGGAGUAGGCAGGGCUUGGGGCUGCGGCCGUGCACGGGAGCCUUGGGGAAAUAGGGAAAUCAUUUGAAACACAGCGUUGGGGAAAGUAAAAAGGGAGCAGAGUUUCAAGA